CCUAUUGUAGAUCCGGCCUAAGGCUUACUACACCUAUUGUAGAUCCGGCCUUAUAGUAUCUCUAGUCAUAUCUAACUAUUUUAUUAUUCGAAGAUGAUCAUGUACGCGCUUGCAGUGGCUUGCACAUGGUCUUUGAUGGUCUCACAUGGCCUGCACAUGCCUUGAUGCCUGUUGAUGCCUACACAUUCUUGUACACUUGUGGUGUUAAGUUCUCGUAUCGAUAUUAAUUAUUUUGAAUUAAGAUGACGCUGGAAAGUUUUCCUCGAGGAGGAAAGAAACCUGAAAUUAAGAGAUCUGCAGAUGUACCAUUUGAGGAGAAACUUAAACCUAAAAGGCGUAAAAUCCAGAUGAAGAAAAAAAUUGAUUGUGUGAUUGUACAAGAAACAAAUCUUAUUACUACUACUGCAGACCGAUUGUCAAAAAUGAUGUUAUGUGAAGGACUAGUACUCCAUGGUCGAGUUUCUGAAGUGUCGGAAUAUGAAUUGUUGGUAUCAUUGCCAGGUGGAUUUUUAGGACGUGUACAAGCCACAGAUCUUAGCCAGGCAUACACAAAUCUGUUACAAGAUAUAAUUGACACAAGAGCCGUCCAGUCAAAUGAAUACAAGCCCUUGCCAGAUUUGUUUAAAUCUGGUGAUUAUGUAACAUGCUAUGUAAAGGGUAUAAAUGUUAAAGAUAAAUGGUUUUGUACCUUAUCUAUGGAGCCACAAUUGAUAAAUCAGAAUGUUCACAGUAAUUACCUUGCAAAAGAUACAAAGGUAACUUGCACUGUUAAAAGUAUAGAGGAUUAUGGUUAUGUAGUUGACACAGGCAUAGCUAAUGUUAGAGCAUUUAUAUCUACUGAGGAUGUUGAUAAAGGAAACCAAUACUUUCCAGGCCAUCAACUUUUAUGCGCUAUAAAAGAAAUAAAAACGGUAGAUAAUAUGUCGGUUAUCAAAUUGUCAACUAUAAGGAAGAAGAUCGACAAUGCUAUUGGACAUGACAUAACAUCUUUAGAUGUUUUAACACCAGGGACAAAAUUGCUACUUUGUAUAACAAAGGUGCUUUCCAAUGGUGUACAAGUUACAUUUGGAAAAAAUAAUGUCGGAUAUAUAAAUCGAAUUUAUUUGGACAACUCUUUAUCCACAUAUGUAGAAAAUAUGGAAAUAACUGGCACGCUAUUAUAUAUAUUGCCGACUGUGAAAUUAGCAUACUUUAGUUCAUUAACCGAUGCAUCUGAAAAGGAGAAGUUGCGCGUAGGUGAUAUUAUAAACAAGGCUAAGGUUCUAUAUAGGGAGUCCAGUGGAAUAAUUCUUAAGUUAUCUAAAUCUGGACUACGUGGGUAUAUGUCUUUGCGAAGAAUUAAUGUUCCAUUUACUAAAGUUUCGACCGAGUUUAAGGAAGGUUCUAUACACAAAUGUAGAAUACUUGCAUAUAGCUGGAUGGAUCACUUUUAUAUCUGCACGAUGGAAGAAGAUAUUUUGAAAGAAAAAUAUUUUUCACCUUUUGAUCUUAAUAUUGGUGAUAUUCUCACUGUGACGAUUAUGCAUAUCGAAACUACUCGUGGCUUUAUGCAUGUGCAAGUGGGAAAGAUCUGGGGAUAUGUCCCAACAGAACAUGUAUCUGAUAGUGGCUUGAGCGCUUUGCAUAAACUGAAAAUCGGAGAUAACGUCCAGGCGAGGGUCUUAGAUAUUGAUAAUAAGAACCAAAUAAAAUUUACGCUGAAGCAAUCAUUGGUAAAGAGUGAGCUGCCAGUUUUACAUGAUUUUGAUAAAGUCGAAUGCGGAUUAAAAUAUCACGGCACGAUUGCCAUGAUAAACAGGAAUGGCUUAUUGGUGAGAUUUUAUGGAAAGUUAAAGGGAUGGGUUCCACGCACUACGUUAGACAAAGAAACGUAUAAUAUGAAUUGGAACUUUUCCAUCGGCCAGACGGUUAUAGUGUGCGUUGAAUCGAUAGAAAAAGACAAAUAUAAAAUGAAAUUAAGAGUUAUUACUGAAAAUGAGAAACAGCAAGCUGUUAGCUUUUUAAUUGGCGAAACGAUUGAAGGGACAGUGACGGAAUCGUCUGUCAAAGGAGUAUACUUGAAGAUACAGAAAAAAGACAACGAAAACAUUGUGACAGGUUUCUUGCCGGCAGGUCACAUGGCGCCGUGCAUCGAGAUUGGCAGCUUGCUGGCAUCAAGGUGUACUCCCGGAGACAUAAUUUCGGCUUUUGUGUUUGCUACAAAACCAACUAUGAUACUGUCGCGCACUUUUGUGACGCCGAAGAAAUACAGAAGCUUCGACUCGUUAAAAAUUGGCGAUUGUAUUCCAUGCACGAUCCGAGACAAAUUGCAGACUGGUGUGACGGUCGUUCUGCCAAUUGAAGAUUACUCUAAAUUCGGAUUUGUAUCGUAUAAGAAUGUUAGCAGUUUUGAACAGCUAUACACAAAUCAGAUACUGUUUGUUAAAAUUACAGCUAUCAACGCACGAGAGAAGCAAUUGUCUCUAACGAUGUCAUUGAAGGACGUGUGGGAGAGUCCGUCUGAGUACGAGAUGAAGAUGAUGGCGGCAGUGGACGUCCUGAGUUUGUAUCUCAGUAAAUUGUUGGAACUAAUGAAGAACACGUUUUAUGAGAACAGGCCGAUUUCGUCGGUAAUUUUGGGUCAAAAGGUUACUGGUAUUGUCAAAAAAAUAACUGAUCACGGUUUAGUGCUUCAGUUAGAUAAUCAAUUGAUGGGGACGGUACGCAAAGAUCAUUGUUUCGGCGAUCCUCAGUUAGGGGAUAAAGUGUUUGGUACCAUCCUGUGGAAAAAUUACGUCCACGAGCUCGUUGACGUGUCGUUGUUACCAAAAAUAAUAAAUGGCAUUAGUUCGAAACAGAAAACGCUACCAGAACUGCCUACUGGAGUUGCGUUAAGAGCGGAGAUCUUGAUGAUUACCAAGUGGUUGAUACUUGUUCUUGUGAAACGGAACGGCACAGGAUAUCUGGCAGCAUUGCCUGUCCGCCGACACGUGAACGACAGUUCUCCUGAUCUGACGCCUUACAAGGUCCACGCUAAGAUUCGAUUGUACGUUAUAACGAGAAGAGAUGAGACUAUCGUCCCGAUUUGUAUGCUAAAGUCUGCAUUUGAAACUCCAAAGGACAAAAUUGUACAGAAAUUGCUUCCUACCAAAAAUAAACAAUCAAAGGACAAAAUUGUAAAGGAACUGUCUCCUACCAAGAAUAAACAAUUAAAGAGAAAUAAGUCUGAGCCGCACAAUGUUGAUCUUGUAGACCUAUCUACAAAGAAAGCAAAAGAAGUGUCAAAGAAAGUCUUGAAUGAAAGAGCAAAUGAGAAGAAUAAAAAUAAAGUCAAAGAGAAGAAUAGAAUAAAAGAUAUAGAUGAAAAUUCGGAAUUGGACGAAGAUACCGUCGAUGAGAGUGAAACGGAGGCGAAUGAAUCAGUGGCACGAUUACGCAUACCAGAAUGUGGGUUUUCUUGGGAUAAAGAAAAAUUGCCCGUUUCUGCUAAUGCUGUCACAUCUAGUGACGACGAGGAGCCUGAAGAAGAAUCCAAAGGAAAGAAGAAAAAGCUGAGUGCAGCCGAGCGGCGAGAGCAAGAGCGACAGAAGGAACGCGAAAUCCGUCAACGGGAGGAAGCUUUAGCUAGUAAUCAAGCACCCAAUUCAGUUGAUCAGUUCGACAGAUUAGUCUUAUCGAGUCCUGAUAGCUCAUUAGUAUGGCUGCAGUACAUAGCAUAUCAUUUGCAGGCUACAGAGAUUGACAAAGCGCGAGCGGUUGCGAGACGAGCUAUUAAAACGAUUAAUUUUAGAGAGGAGAACGAACGAUUAAACAUAUGGAACGCGUGGCUUAAUUUGGAAUCCAGAUACGGCACUAUCGAGUCCCUGAAUGAUGUCUUUCAGGAAGCUGUAAGGACGAACGAUGCGUAUAAAGUGUAUAUGCACAUGCUGACUGUACAGGCAGACGCUGGUAGAAAAAUAGAACUUGAGAAAUUGAUCAAUACCGUGAUAGGCAAGUUCAAACAGGAUUCCCAAACGUGGAUAGACUGCGGUGCUGCGUUGCUGAAAAUUGGCAUGAAAGAAAAAUCACGGCAAAUUAUGCAACGAGCAUUGCAAUCCUUGCCCGCGUCUCAACAUGUAAACGUAUUGGUAAGAUUUGCGCAUUUGGAGAACAAACAUGGAGACACAGAACGCGCGCAAACAUUAUUUGAGAAUAUCCUAAGUUCUUAUCCAAAACGUGUUGAUGUGUGGUCGUGUUAUGUGGACUGCUUGAUAAAGUCUGAAAACAUUGAUUUAGCCAGGAAAGUUUUAGAACGGGCAUGCGUUCAAACACUUCCACCAAGGAAAAUGAAAACUCUUUUUACAAAAUUUAUAAAUUUUGAGGAAAAAUAUGGUACAUCCGAGGCUACAGAGCGCGUACGACAAAUGGCUGCAGAUUAUGUGGAGAAACACGUAUAAGUAAUGCUUUUGUUUUUUUUAAUAAAUAAAUAUUAUCAAUUUGACAUAUGUAGAGUGUCUCGAAUUUAAAUGUCAAAAUUUCGAGAACAUGUGAAGAAUUGUGAUAAACAAAAUUUUUUAAAAAAUGUGUAGUAAAAGCUCCACAUUGCCACAGUCUUAUGGGUUUGCACCGUAAUAUUGACUGAAAUUGUGGCACUGCGAAAUAAUCUCACUCUAUCGACAUAAAGAAAGGGGGAAGGGGAAGGGGCGAGCGAGCGGCGUACACGGCGUUAGCAAGCUGCGUGGGGAUAAUGUGCGGUAGCGCGGUAGCACGUAUAUUACGUACAAGUGGGAGGAUAGAUUUUCUUUUUAAUGAGACAAUGGAGAAGGCAUUGAGGGGAAACGCAAUAAAUUGGAAAGUGGCAAUACGAAGCUUUCAUUGUACUUAUUUUUACUUUGUUUUGAACAAAAAUUUCAAAAGGGUUUUUAGUUCUUAUUUAUUUUUUAAUCUAUUUACACUAAGUAUGUACAUAAUUUUUUGAUUAAUAAUUUUUUCUUUUAAAUGGAAAUAAAUGGAAUAUUUUAUCUAUUCACAUUAUUUUGGUAAAAAUGAAUUCUAGUAGGAAUAAAUAGCAAGUUCUAUAAUGGGAACUUGAGGGAGCGGGAGUUAUGACGUUUCGCAGGUGAAUGAUUGGCGAUUAUUUUUUUAACGAAAAGCUACUUGUUAAAGCUUUUUAUUCAGGCGCUGUAUACAUAUUGAAUCGGUGCUGUAUACAUAAAUAUUGGCGACUUUGGCAUUACAAUAUGCAGAGAGUAUAAAGGGUGACUCGCGUAUUGUGGAAGGUAUCUUUUUUCCUAUUGCGGGUUUCCUCUCUCCCUUCCUCUUUUCCUUAGUCUUUUUGACGAUCGUCAAAAAGCGCUGAUAUCUCAGCUGCUGUACAAUGAUUUUUUUUUAUUAUAAUUAGUAUCUACUGGGUUUUGAAGUCACUGUUUACAUACCUGUCUAAAUGAUUUAUCAAAAUGAGUCUAAAUCGGCUUCUUUAAACAUGCUGAUUAUAAAUCUAUUGAUUAAGUGAUAAAAUCUAAGAUGGUGGAUUUAAAAUAGCCGAUCCAAAUUAUUUAUGUCUAAGUAAAAUUAAAUAAUUCACUUACUUUAUAGGAAAAAAGAAUCAAAAUGUUGAAUUUUUUAAAUUAGAAAAGCCUAAAAUCCAUCAUUUAGAAUUGUUCUUUGGCAUAUAAAAUAAUGCAUUUAUUUUAUCGGUUGUAUAAGGAUUAAGUUAAACCAACGGCAUACAAUACUUGUUUUCGUGCUGGAUUGCUUGCUGUAUGGAAAUACUCUGUUCUGAUUGGUGCAUUUCUGAAGAUGGAUGAAAAUGCACUAAUCAGAACAGUAUUUCCAUCCAGUAACCAAUCUUGUGCGAAAACAAGUAUUGUGUGCCACUAGCUUUAUACGUAGUUUUUUUUUUUUUAGAAACAGUUUAUUUGUGUAUUAGUCACAGACAUGUAUGUAUAAGUCAAUGUACCGCAUAUAUUAUUGAGAUGUCUUAUAGUAUUUCUUUGAUUGAACCGGUAAUACGCGCGGUAACGAUGCCUGGGAGGAUUCGACCUGUGAGUCAUCACGUGUCUGUAGGAUAAUGGCGACGGUUCCGCUAGAAACUCGCGGGAGGGAGCGGAAGCCUCCGACACAGGAGUCCUGCACUAUGAUUGCAGGCGGACGUCUUUCUUGCGCGAGUAAUUCUCUAAACUGCGCGAACUGUUGUUGCUGCAGUUGUUGCUGUAGUUGCAUAAAGAGCUGCUGCUGACGCAACAUUUCUUGUUGGCUCCGCGCCAUUGAGGUCAUUGAUGAGAGCAAAUCUCUGAGCACCUUCGUCAUUAUAUGGCGGUUCUUCAGUGGAGUAACCUGCCCGGUUCUUUGUUCCAAAUUGUCCUGCGAUGCCUCGCUUCUCUCAGAGGGUUCGGCGGGAACUCUCUUAAAGCGGGCGAGCGCCUCUAUAAUGACGGUCCUUUUUUUCGCUAUGAUAAAGCCGUUUCAGCGCCUUUUUUUUCAACUGCUCUGUCGAGAGCUUUUCGAGCUUUGUUCGUUUCAUUUCGAUUCAGCACUACUCCGACUUUCCACUCAAGAGCUCCAAUAUGCGGGCACGUGGUCAACGAUCUGUGAUGCACUCGCAUUUCGCGCACAGCUAUUGCUCUAUUUAUGUACUAAAUCUUCACGCGCGUUUCUAGUUUUGUCUUGCUCUCGUGAUAGAGCUAUUGCCCUAUUUCGAGUGUCCGUUUUCGAUCGUCGCUAUGAAAUGAAUGCCGACAGUGAUCGUCGAAAUUUUCUUAGUGAUGCGAUCCGUACUCAAGCAUUCUCAAAUUUUUCAUUAGCAGGCAGCGAUGAAACGUUCCGUUUUUUGUUUUUAGGCAGUUUUUAUUUUUUUUUUUUUUUUUUUUUUGUUGGACGGCUUGGGGUGUUGCUCUAACAAAAAGAAAAGCGAAAAGAAGUAACAUCUCGGGCCGAUACGUGACGAUAUCUAGAGACUGCAGUCUGGAGUCACUACAUCUACGCAUGUAGGUGUAUGUAUCAACGCUUGCAUGAACGCGUUCACGCAUGUUUGCGCGUGUUGUUCAUGACUAUAUUAAUAGUUAAUUUGAAUUUAGAAUUGUAAGUUGUUUUGAAAUAUUUUGUGAUAUAUCAAGUUUAAUGUAUGUAAACACAUAAUUUUAUGUGUUGGAUUACAUGAGCAAACAAAUAUUAUGCAAUAUUUUUAUUAGUUUACUAAUAUCUAGAUUAAGCUUUUGAGCUCCCAGCUUUGCCUCUUAGUUUUGUUACUUUUUCUUUGUAAAUAUCUCUUAUAUCUAUAUUUUUUGCCUUUUUAACAAUUUCUGGCAUUGUUGGAAUUUUUGGUGUCACAAUAUUCCUGAAUGUAGUAGGACUAUAUGUCUUUAAAUAUUCUACGGAUGCAACAGCCACGUUGGGAAAAUUAACCGCAUUAAGAGUACCGUCAAUUGGUUUUAGGAUUCUGUGAUAUGACCAGAAAGUCCUAUGUUCAUCUUUUUUCUGCUUGAUUAUCUUUAUGAAUCUAGAAAUCUCUACUAGAACUAUAGGCUCAGAAUGGGCUAGGGCUCUUGAGAUGAUGUUAUAAAGCCUAUCAUGGCUUUUAUAAUGGCCAUUGCAGAAUGUGCAAGUAGAACACAAGCAGUUGAGAAUUUAGGAUAUGUUUAAUUAAAGCAAAAAUAAACGACGGUUUUUUGAAGUUUGGGGACCAACUUAAAGAUUUCUUUUAUUGUCAAGAAGUCAUCUUGGAUUAUUAGUCGUCCAAUAUUUAUUGAUUGUAGCUGAUUUUUUGUUAUUUAUUCUUAGGCCUAGAUAUUUGAGGGAACUGGAGGCGGGAACAGGAAUGUCCUCAACUAAAAUAUUAAAAUUAUAGAUGUGACUUACAUAUUUAUAAAACGCCAUGAUAUUAAAUUUAUUGGCAGCGACUAUUACAUCUAAGCGCUUAAUUUCCGCACAAAUCAAUCUGACUGCUAAUUUAUCUUAUAAAUAGUUGUGGCAAAGUUUUUCCAGAAAGGUUUGUUUUUGCAGUUUUAAUUUGAUGACCCCCGUUUCCACAAUUAAAACAUUGUCCUCUUUUGGGCAACGCUGUAUAGCAUUGCCCAAGGCAAAACAUCUCGAACACUUUAGAGAUUAUUUGAGGAAUUUAACACGGGCGAUCGCCCAUCCAAUUUUAAUUUUUUUUUUUUCAACCAUUUUGAUUGUACUAGUUAGAGGACGCUUUCCCUAUAUGGUAGAUAAUCCGUUUCUUAUGAUUCUAAGGGGCUUUAUCUUGAUGUUUAUGGGGUGGCAGUUUCCCUCUGAUACUAUUUUCUCAAUUAUUUCGAAGGAGCUUAUUUGUCGUAUCCGUAUAUUCGGAUUUCAGCACUUCUAAUUUGUUUAUUGAUCGUGACCCUAUCUUCCGCCAGCGUUCUUUUUAAGCAUUUUGCAAGUUUGUACGCCUUUUCUUUAUUGUCAGCGCCAGCAAUAUUAUGACGAUGCCGCCAGUAGCGGUUUUUUUAAUUCUCGUGUCUCUUGUGCCUAGUUAAUCGAGAGAGACUUUCUCUCUCGCUUUUUUGUAAAUAUUGUGUUAUCCUUGCUGUUAAAGAUAAUGGUAGAAGAUUUAAGUAUUUUUUUCUUAGGAAGAUUUGGCUUAUUUACUGCAAGUAAACUUAACCUUUUUUUUGUUUGCGAGUUUUUUUAUUUCCACCAUAUUCUCCAACUUACUCGUUUCCUUAAUCUAUACCUUAUGAAACUUUAGUAUGUGCUGAGCAUUAUCUUUGAUGAAGUCAUAAUAUGCAUACACUGGAGUUCCAAUUUGCCAAUUCUUUUCAGAAAUUUAUUAAAACAUUCGUGGUCAGUCACGAUUUAUGUCAAUCUAAAUGUUAAUGUUUCUACGCAUGUUUUUCGAUACCAUUCUUCUAGAACAGGCAAAAACGCCUCUCGAAUCCUCCUGCCGGACGCACCCGGACCCAAUUGCUUCAGGUGAAGUCUUUAUGCUUCAAGAGCUGUCCGUUUCCUUUUGUCUUAUAAAUUGUUUAGUUUGCGGAGUUAAAAUUUUAUUAUUUUUUCUAGCCAUCUUAAAUCUUAGAUAUGUAGCUUAAUGCUUUUUUGAGCAAAUCCAUCGGCAACAUUUUUGCUAUAAACAUGGAGACCUCAUUGGAUAAAGUCCUGUAGGACAUAAGGACUCUAUGGGCUAUACGCCUUUGCAUUCUCCUGAACUUUGUUUUAACGUUUUUAUUCCUGUAUAUUUGGUGUACCCAUAUUGGUGAUCCGUACAUUAUAACCGAGUGAGCGACUUUAGCGUAUAAGCGCCUAUAUCGUCUAUCCAGUCUCCCCCCCUCCCAAGAUUCGGUAUGAUUCUCGAUAACGAGAGUGCCAUUCUCUCGACCCUGGGUAUGACCAUCUGCAAGCGUUCUCCAAAAUCCCAUUUGCUAUCGAUGAUCACGCUCAGGUACUUAAUGGAUUUUCUGACUUGUAUAAAUCUGCCUUCCAUUUGAACGUGGAGUUCCGGCAUG